UGAGUAAUCGACUAUUCGUAAAUAGAGUUUAUAACCGAAGAUCAAUUUUUCUGUAUAAGUUACGUAUUUAAUUAAGGAAGAUGAAGACUAUUUUCUUUUUAAUUUUGCCAUUCUUAACUGUCGUUGCUGGAGACAAUGUCUACCCAUGUAAAAAAUUGCAUGGGAUGUCGGGUUUUGCAGAAAAAGGUGGCACAACUGGAGGUUCGGAGGGACCAGUGGUUUAUAUAAAAAAUCUGAAGGAAUUGAAGAAAUACAUCAGUGACACAGUGCCUCGUACUUUAGUCAUAAUUGCGAAUAUUCACUCAGCUCAAAAGGCUACUGUUAUGUUGGGGGCUAACAAGUCUAUAAUCGGUUCUUGGGACGCAAAUUAUAUUUGCAACAUAUAUUUAAGGGCAGGCCACAAUUCGAAAAACAUCAUCUUCCAAAAUCUGUUUUUCAUACACGAUGUUAGAAAUAUCGGUAACAGUGAUACUCAGUUAGUUUUAGAUCAUGGUGAGCGAUACUGGGUAGACCAUUGCACCUUUGAUGGGCGGAAAGUAGACAAACGUGAUUUAGGAAAAUUACUUAAAGUUGCUACAACUGAUUACAUCACCAUUAGCAAUUGCAAGUUUAUGAACCACGAAUAUGGUUUGAUUCUUGGCUAUCCAUCAGAUGAUCCAGCUGGUAUUGCUGAAAACAAUAAUUAUCCUCGACUGACCAUCAUGUUCAACUAUUUUGAUAACAUCAAUGCCCGAGCGCCAGGUUUGAUGCGAUUUGGAAAAUUCCACGUUUUCAACAAUUAUAUCCACAAUUGUCACUUAGGCUUUACCAUUGGUCUUAAUUCUAAGAUUUAUUCAGAACAUAACUAUUUUUCUGAACCUCCAAAAGCUGCUGUACUUGAUGAUAAGGGUAAUGGUUUUUUUAAAGACGCCGGAAGUGUAAAUAUGCCGACAAAACAAGAAUCUAAAUUAGAUACGUGGCGUCCAUCUUCGGAUUAUAAGUACAUACUGAAAACGCCGGAAUCUAGUCGAGAUUUUUGCAAACAAUAUUCAGGCGCUCAGAGCAACAAAUUAGAAUUUCCCUGUGACAAGUAAAAAUUAAUUGGUGAAUUUAGAAAUUUUGUAAAAAUGUAUAAUUUAUAUUAGUGUUAAUUAUGACAAACGUGUAAAGGUCUCGGCACAAAAUUUAUGCAUAAAGCCUUUUGAGUGAAAUUCUGACAUUACGAGUUUUGAUAAGUAUGACCUAAGCAUCAUAGAACUGAAACAGACCCAACUUUGGUCGAAAGGCCCUUUCCAUCAAUUUUGUGCGGGGCCCUUUGUUUUUGUAAGGUUCUCUAGAAAUAAAAUAAAAGUUUUUUUGUACAUGUACAUGGAUUUUUUAUUAACUAUAUUUUUUAAUUAUGAAUAGCGUACUGAGUUUCUAAUGCUUGCUGUCUAUAAGCUUUCAUAUAUUUACAAAUAAUGUAACAAGAAAUGUUCUACUUAAAGUAUGCUAAGUAUUCCAUGGCCUUAUAUACGGACAUAUAAUAAUAUAUUGCAGAAAAAUGUGACAAUAUUAAGUUUAUUUAAAUUGUACUUAAUGAUUUCUGUCUGCCAGAGUUUUUGCUUCCGACUGGCACUAUGUAUACUUCGAUACUUGAAUAAAGUCUCUUAAAAA